GUUUUGAAAGGCGCUAUAUUAAUACGGUUUAUUCUGUUGUUGAUAUAUUUAGUGGUAAAGAAUGAAAUCUAGCGUCAUUAGAUUUAUAACGGAGUCAGUGUUGUAGUUCUCGUGGUGCAUCUGUUUAUCUUGUCUGCUUCGGAACUGUUACGUGUGACUCGCGCUGAGCUACAGACUCCACCUCCUUCACGUGAACGCGCCAUUAGCCGAAUUAGAAAAUCCUGGGUUAACAAAGCUCCCCGAUUAAACCGAUAUCCCGCUUCUUGACACCGGCUACCCCCCUCCCGGCUCCGGAGCUUCGACAGCCCUCAGUGUAGUGGUGCAUCUCGUUCCAUGCUGUCGCGUCGAUUCAGCUCGGGCUUGUUUGGUUUCUCCACCGCGGAUCAGGAUUUGAUCAUUCAAUCCAGCACUGAAACAUCUCGGAUAACUGCGCGCUCCCGCUUCGCUAUACAGGGGAUACCAAUCGCACGUCGAAACCCGGAUCGCAGGUCAUGAACAUGAGCACGAUCGGAGUUCCAGAUUUCCAUAUGAUGAAAAAACACGAGAGGGCACAUUUCUUCAGCUCCAAGGAGCAGGAGCUGAUUUUGAAGUUGUAUGAAGAAGAGAGGGAGAUACUGACAGCUAAAUCCAACACCACCAGCGCCUCCAAGCUGAGAGAGGAGGCCUGGCAGAGAAUUGCUGAUAAAAUAAACGUGGUGUCGGACAGUGGCUACAAAAGGACAUGGCAGCAAGUCAAGAUUAAACACAAAAACAUUGUACAAUCAGCAAAAAGAAGAAGGGUUGAGCUGAUGCGGAAUCAUCAGGAGGAUUCAGCGACCCUGUCACUGACCUCUGCUGAGGAUGAUAUGCUGCAGCACAAAGACAACAGACUGAGAGUUGAGGUCUUCCCUGGGGCUGCCUGUAUUGACCCACUGACUGGAUCUGACAGCUCUUUUAUUAGCAUGUCAGGCCAUCCUGUGCUCCUACUGCCUGUUACAAAGACUGAACCAGAGAGCUUGAGCAGUGAUGAGACAGACAUCAGUGAUGCACAUUUUGAGGAGGACUUGCAUAGUAGCAGCUUUCAGGAAAGGUCCAACUCAGCAUGUGCUACAAGGGGUGGCCGAGAUGCAGAGAGGCAGACAGAAGACAUAAGGGCCCUUUACUGCAGCUACCUCAAAAAAGAGAUGGAGAACCGUGACCAACAGAUGGCAUACAGAGCACUUAAAAUGAGGAAGUUGGAAAAAGAAAUAUUAUUACUUGAUAAGCAGCUGGGGUGACAAUGUAAAGAAAUGCAAGUGGUUUUAUCCUAUUAUUAUAAUAUUAGUUCAGAUGUUAUCAAUAAAUUACUUCAGUGUCAUAAUAUACAACACAGUUACAACUUUGGCAGCAAUAUCUGUUUUCUGACAACUUGACAAAUUUGGUUGGUGAGGUUUCCAACAUGACAGACCCUUCCUUAUUGUUGAAAUAUUGCACUUCUAAGUGUACACAUACAGCAGCAAGUCAGGUAUCUAUUUCAAUCCUCAGACUGAGGCUGUGUUGAAAUGUUUUCUUUAACUACCCAAAGAUCAUAUCAAUCCGAGCACUGUCUUUGUAGGUGUUGGCCCAAAGUGGGCUUGAAGUCCAUUUAGGGUUCAGGGAAGGGUCAUAACUGAAGACUUCUAAACGGAGCCACUGUGGAGCUGCAGCAUAACUCUGUGGCCCAAGAAGACUCAUCAUUAUAAACUGAAGAGCACUGACACACCUUUGGUCAUGUUGUGUCAUGGACUUGAAGCAGCAAAAAAAACAAUGUUCAUCUAUACAAAUAAACCUGAGCUGAGGUUCUGAUAAUCCUGUGCUGCUGUCAUCUUCAUUUAUUGCUUAUUUUAGAGGCCUUUUUCAUACAGUCAGUAUAGUUUGGGCUAGCUAACUUGUUUUUGUUGCAUUCAGCAUAGACUACUUCAACCUUUCGCAUUAGCGAUAGCAUUACUGCUCUAAGGAAUGACACUAUGCUGCCUGUACAUUUAUGCUGCAGAGGAUCUG